CUACUCGGCGUACACCGAAACUCACACGGGUAGGCGGAGUCAGCAGCAAAACCGACGUUUUUCAGUAUCCCGGUUACCGGUUGGAAUACGUGAAUAGCCGCUUUUUUAGCGUAUCGCUACCUACCACAAAGUGGCUACCAUACCUAGCUACCACAGACUGUAAGCUAGCGUUAAUUUAGCGGUUAGCUCCGUCUACGUCACUUUACGUCCAGGACGCUCGAGUGUCCCGGGGUCAAUAACGAGCGCUCCCUCCGUCAGCUGAUAGGAAUAGUAGCCUAGAAUGUCUUCUGGGAAUAAGUAUGAGACAUAUGAAGACGCGUAAACCGAAAGUGACUGUCAUUUCAGAGACAUUAGUAGUCAUUUACUAAAGUUAAGGUUAUAGGAAACACUGCAGCUGUUUUUAACUCACUUUAUAUACCAAGUGUCUUAAUCUCGAUCCGCACUUCCGUGUUGUGUGAUAUAAAUACCUGUGUCCAUAUUGGUGAUACUGUAGCUCUAUAAGACGUUACACACUGGUGUGUCUUUGCUAAGAGGUCGAUAGUGAUUGAGUUUAUGUGUCUGUAUUCCCGGGCAUGAAGAGGAAAGCUAAGAAAGCUAUGGGUUCAACUCACAGCUCUGGUUCAGCCUCAAGUCGGGAUGUGUCUUCAGCUGCAGGACCGACAGCCUCUCUCUCACUGCAUCUGUUCCCUGUUCCUCUGGAGAUCCUGGAGGAGAUCUUCCUGAAUCUUCCUCCCAAACAGGUGGUUCUUGUUUGCCGGUUAGUGUGCCAUCAAUGGAAAGAAGUGGCUGACAGCGAGUCUCUGUGGAGGGAGAGAUGCAGAAGAGAAGGAUAUCGCCUCCGCGAUGCUUCCAAAAUACCCAAAGACUGGAGGUUGUUUUACUUCUUGUGCAAGAAGAGAAGAAAUCUCCUCAAGAAUCCAAGAGGAGAAAAUAAAAUGAAGAACUGGCAGAUAUUGGAGAAUGGUGGUGAUAGGUGGAAAGUGGAGGAAGUUAUGGUGCCACAUCCAAAUGAGACAGUUAAGAAAACCUUUGUGACCUCUUACGGAAUGUGCAGGAAGUCGCAGCUGAUUGAUUUGGAGGCAGAAGGUUACAACCCAUCGUUUAUGGAUCACUUCCAGCCAGACAUCAAAAUAUCUGAUUGGUAUGCACCACGAUGGGAUUGUGGUAGUAAAUAUGAAAUCCGUGUAGAGUUGCUGAAUCUGAGAAAGAAUCCUGUCCAGACGUUCGCUCCUGAGACUGUUUACUUUGAGCAGUGGAACGAUCAGAAAUGGAAUCAGAUGACCCACGUAUUCCAGAACUACGGACCAGGAGUGAGAUACAUCCGUUUUAUCCACGGAGGAAAAGACACGCAGUUCUGGGCAGGAUGGUAUGGAAUUCGCCUUACCGACAGCUGUGUGGAGAUAUGUCCAGCGAUGGACACAUAGCUUUUAGGGAUUCAUCUAAUGCCUGCUUCCUGCCUUUUCCUGAAAUUGCAAAAUUGCACCCUC